GUCGUGGUACAUAUGGAUACUUAUGUGACAAAAUAUGUGCAAACUGCUUGAACAACCAAUGUGAUGGAUUUACAGGAGACUGUCUAUUGGGUUGUAGAUCUGGUUGGUAUGGGGAUAAGUGUGACAAAGAAUGUCCGAAUUUUGUUCAACAUGUUAUGAUGACGUAAAUGGACGCAGUUGUGUGUGCAUUGCAGGCACUUACGGUAAAAAUUGUAGUUUGAAAUGCAUCAACUGUAACCCAGAUGAUUGUGACAUGUUAACUGGAUGUCGGAAUUGUAAUCUUGGUUUUUAUGGACGAAAUUGUAGCAUUUCCUGUCCAGAGAAUUGCAAAGAUGAUAAAUGUGAUGAGUCUGGUCAAUGUUCAGGGGGGUGUAAAGAUGGAUUUUUCGGCCCUAAAUGCGAAACACUUUGCAGUAAAAAAUGUACCACAUGCAUUUCAGAUGGUCAGUGUUCAUCUUGUGUUGAUGGAAUGUAUGGGCAGAAAUGUGAAUUGCAAUGCCCACAAACGUGUGGCGGGGAAAAAAAUUGCGAUAAAAAUAACGGUCGUUGUGAUGAAUGUAUUGCUGGGAGAUAUGGUGAAAAUUGUACACAGCUCUGCAGUAAGAAUUGCAUAUCAGAUACGUGUCUGAGGGAUGGGGAAUGUAUCGAUGGCUGUAAUGAAGGGUGGAUAGGUCCGAAUUGUAGUAUGAAAUGUUCCAAAAAAUAUUGUACAGAAUGCAUUACAUCUGGUUCAGCUGUUUUGUGUAAGAAAUGUGAUGAAGGUUACUAUCUAGACACAGAAAACAAAUGCCAGAAAUGUUCAUCUAAUUGCUUGUCUUGUGACAGUGAUUCGAAAUGUACCCGAUGUAAACCUAUGUUUACUGGAGAUUUGUGCGAGGAUUGCAGUAGAAAUUGCAUUAAUAACUUGUGUAACAUGGAUGGGAUUUGUACAUACGGUUGUAAUAAUAGAAAGUAUGGGAAAGGAUGUUUAACUGAAUGCAUAACAAAUUGUGAUCAUUGUUAUGAUUACCACAACUGUACCCAGUGUUCACCAGGAUAUUAUGGACAAUAUUGUUGGCCUUGCUAUUAUAAAAAUUGUUAUAACUGUACUUCACGGGACUCCUGUCUCUCCUGUAAACCUGGAUUCUAUGGAAGCUCCUGUGAGUUCUCUUGUCCUCCAAAUUGUCUGACCUGUAAUGCUUCAGAUUACUGUACCUCCUGUAACGAGGGCUGGUCAGGCAGGGCAUGUCAAUGUAAUGUAAACUGUAAGGACGAAUGUGGAUUUAAUGGAGAGUGUGUAGAUGGAUGUAAAAGUUCAUUUUACGGUGAUUUCUGUAAUGUAUCCUGUCCCGUAGAAAACUGUCGAAUAUGUGAUCAAAGGUUUGGAAAUUGUACAAAAUGUAAGGAAGGGUUUUAUGGGACCCAAUGUGAUACGGAAUGUAGUAUAACCUGUGUUGGAUCAGUUUGUGAUAUGGGUGGUGAAUGUCUUCAAGGCUGUCAAGAAGGUUUUACAGGAGAAAAUUGUUGGAAAAGGAUCACACAAUCAACUGAUGACACUCAAACAAAACCCUAUAUAAUUGCUGUUUCCGUCCUUGGAGUUCUUCUUGUAAUCACGUUUGCUGUCCUGCUUUUUAUAUUCCUGGUAAAACGAAGAAGAGACCGAGAAAGAAGAGUAAAGGAGACCUAUGAGAGUGUUCAAGUCACAUUCCAAGAAACAGACCACCAAUACGAAAGCGUUAACAGAGAACUUGCUCAUUAGUCCCUUACUAAUGAAACCGGAGGUGACAACAUGUAUAGGUUUUCUCCUCGUUCCUUCUGUCUGUCUAUCAUUCGGUUCCACUUGGUUUUCAAUACUUUUUAAAAUUAAAAUGAUUAAAAAUUGAUUAAAUGAUCUGAUAUUUUGUGUAUGUGAGUACUUUGAUAAGUAACGAUUUAGAAAAGGUUUGCAUUCCGCUUGGCUGUGAGAUUUUUAACGGAAUACAUGUAUUGAUCUUUUUAAGUUUAUGAUUCUAGUAACUACAUGUAGAUAACACUUACCAUUAGGGGGCUAGUUUUAUAAUCCUCAUAUAAUGUUUGUCAAGUUGUAGAAUUUAUGCAAAGAUAUUUUGUUAAUUUAUAUCAUUGAUAUUAUUCAAGUAUCUGAAGAACAAGGUGUCUUAAGGAUAGAAAAUUUAGGUGCCAUAUGCGUUAAGAAUUCUUAAGCCUUUAAGCAUAUACUCAAAUACUAUUUUCCAG